UUUCUCUCUCUCUCCUUAAGUGGAAAGAAAGCAUGGCUUCAAAUACUGAUUUGAGUAAAUUAGUUAUUUGGAUGGUGUUCCUUCUUCAUUCUCUAGGCAAUGGCUUAGCAGGAGGAAGAAACAUAACAACAGAGCAAUCUUUGCAAGUGAAAGCCUAUAGAAAGUUUCUUAACAGGCCAGCUAUUAAGAGCAUUAAGACUACAAAUAGAGAUAUUUUCGAUUGUGUUGAUAUCUACAAACAACCUGCGUUAGAUCAUCCUCAACUGAAGAAUCAUACAAUCCAGAUGAGACCAAGUACUUAUUUGAUGGAGACAAAGAAUAAGACUUCUACGUUUGAAGUUCCAAAUAUAGGGCUAAAGAAUGGAGGUUGUCCAUUUGGAACAGUUCCUAUACCAAGGACUCAAAUAAAAGACAUACCAAUGGCGGGCUCUCACCCAAGAUUUGGGCAAAAGGACGACGAACGGAACUUUCCACAUCAUUGGGCAGCGAUGGGCAUGAAAGAAAGGCAAUCUCUCUAUGGAACUGCAGCGUUCUUGAAUGUGUGGAAACCAAAAGUCCAACAUGACAUCCAAUUCACCCUUUCUCAAAUUUGGGUUACUGCAGGACCAUAUCCUGAUGAAAACUAUAUAGAAGCUGGAUGGCAUGUGUACCCAAAACUUAAUGGUGAUUAUGAGCCCCGAAUAUUUAUACUAUGGACAGUAGAUGGUUAUAGAUCCCAUUGCUACAAUUUUCAGUGCCAAGGUUUUGUACAAGUGAGCCGGAAAAUAAGUCCUGGUAUACGGAUUGCACCUGUAACUACUUAUGGAGGAACCCAGUAUGGGAUAUCUCUCUCUAUAGUCAAAGACAUGAGAUCAGGUAAUUGGUUGCUACUGUGGGGAGAAGAUCAGUCUGAGUUGAUUGGUUAUUGGCCCAAGCAACUCUUCAAUCACUUAGCAGACAAAGCCGAAGAUAUUCAGUGGGGAGGUGAGACUUAUGGUCCACUCCCAUUUCCUGAAAUGGGUAGUGGCCAUUUCCCAGAAGAAGGCGCUGGAAAAGCAUGUUUUAUCAACAACAUUCGUGUUUACAAUAACCCUGGGACCAAGAGAGAUUUGGAUCCAAGUGAAACUCAUACUAAAACUACAGCUCCUGAUUGCUAUAGAUCAAUUGUUGGUCGAUCUGAAGAAGGAACCUAUAUAUAUUUUGGGGGUCCUGGUGGGAAUUGUGCACGUCAAGCCUAGCCUAAUUAAGUGAUAAAACAGACUUUUGAGUAAUAUAUUGUACUUGCAUUGUACUUCUCAUAAAAUUAUAAUAAAUUUGGGUAUCUUUUGGUUCCA